AGAGCGGGACUCCGGCCACAUGGACCUGAUGUUAAUAUCUAUAGACGUGGUUUGUUUUUAUUCCUGUGAGCAGAUAGUAGCCGUGCAAGGAAACUGUCUGUCAGGUCCGCAGACUCGCAUUGCCUUAGCAGAAAAUGCUGUCAAGAGCUUAUGCCACAUGAGCGAAUGAGUAGGCUAUCAGAAGAAAUGAACAACGGCAAGCUCCCUGUCACAUCUCACUACGGAGAUAUGCCACCGUUCAACGCCGGCGCCGUGGUUUCCAGACUUGUCUUGGGCUGAGGGAGAAAUUGCAGGAUUGGUGGGUAGACCUUUUGUGUUUGCUUAUUUUCGCAUAAGAGAAGCUGUUGAAACCACUUUUCAUUAACGAGUUGAUUUAUUUUGCGAGCUCAACGGACGGAAAAUGUUACAUGGGCUUCAUUGACGAGAACAACAGAGGCACAAUCAAGUCAUGCGUACGGACGCCAGGCAUUAAACAAUGUGUCUCCGCUUUUCUGUGUGACUGUAUGAGAGCACUGGCAUGAGUUUUCGGCUGAGCUGGACCUUACUGUUGUGUAGACGUAUGUUUUAUAAGUCAACUACUGGCACGUCCGUGUCUGCUUUAUAUGCGAUGCAUGGUACACGGUACCUGGCAGGAUUCAGAGAGGCACCAGAUUCUUGUUGAAACAUUACUGAUACGUCACCUGGGACGUGUGCACACCCCUUUGCACUAGUUUGGGAAGGAUGGAGCUGUAGGAACCAAACUGACUGCUUUAUGCUGAGACAUGUACGAUUACUGAGCGCCGGAGAAUGUAAACACACCUUAACCCGAACAGACUUUCCGCCGCUCCUCAGACAUGACGAGUAACGGCCCCAGCAUCGUUUACGAGUGGCUGAAAGCGCUCCAGCUCUGCCAGUAUGCCGAAUCUUUCGUGGAUAACGGCUACGACGACCUGGAAGUUUGCAAACAGAUUGGGGAACCUGACUUGGACGCUAUUGGUGUGUUCCAUUCACACCACAGGAAUACGGUGCUGAAUGCUGUAGCGAGACUGAAAGAGGAAGACAGGAAAUUAGCCCCAGGGCAUUACUUCACCUUAGAACCCAUGGUCACAAUAUCAAACCCUCACCCAUCCCUCAAAGGUGAGGGCAACCACAAGGACUCUAAAUCAUGGACAGAUUCCACAUGGGAAGGCAAUGGAUUAAAACCCAGGUUCAUCCCUGGUAACAACAAUCUAUUGCUCGGACAUUGUCAAGAACCAGUGACCUACCCAAAGCUGAAGCUGAAGAUCAUGAUUAGAGAUAAACUUCUGAAGGAUGGCUUCGACCUCGGCUGUCCACCCUACUCUAAAGAGGAUGGCUCUCUUGGGAACAUUGAGGAUCUGGCACAGGAGUACUCCGAAUAUUAUAGCACCUCUCUCAGCGACGUCUGCAACAGGAUGGAGGAGUUACGCAAACGCAAGGUGGCGCAGGACACUGAAACGGCCAAGAUUGAACCCAUCUCUACCUCUCUGCAGCUGAGAUCAGAAAUACAGGAGUCUCUGGGCCUCAGCAGUGCCAUGUCCACCCCAGAGACGGAGAGAAAGCUGUCCAUGCACAAGUCAAGCUCUGAAGAUGGCAUAGGAGGAAAGGCCGACAGCAGAAAGAAGAAUAAAUCUUUCUGGCAGAAUUUCCGCAAGUCUCAGAAAGGAACUGGAAGGCAAAUGUCAAAAGGGGGGGAGGACCUGGGCUUCGUGGCCAGUGAGAUCACCAUGAGUGAUGAGGAGCGGAUCCAGCUGAUGAUGAUGGUGAAGGAGAGGAUGAUCACUGUGGAGGAGGCUCUCGCACGGCUGAAGGAGUUCGAGAGCCAGAGCAGACAGGCCAGCAGCACAGACACGGCCGAGUGGAACCACAGCUCCAGCCCCUCAGUCAACGAGUCCAACAGCAACUCGAGGGAGCAGUCUGAGGACGAGCUGGAGGACUCGGUCACGUUCCGCAGGCUGCACAAGCUGGUCAACUCCACGCGCCGCGUGCGCAAGAAGCUCAUCCGCAUCGACGAGUCCAAGAAGCCUGGAUCUAGAGAGUGUGCCAGCUCAGAGGCUUCUCCCUCUACUGAGGAGACCACUCCCAUCUACUCAGGUGUGCAGAGGAAGCUGCUGGUCUCCCAGGGAGAUGGCCUGGCCUCGGUGCUGCAGGAGCAGCUCUCAUUGGAUGGAGACUCGGACAGCCUGACCACCUCUCCCUCCUCCAGCAGCCUGGACACCUACAGCAGUCACAAGCUGUUCCGGGCCUUUGGGAAGUCCAGCAGCGGAGGCCUGAUUGGGACGGGAGGCGUGGCCGGGGGCAUACCUGGCCGAGGAGCGGGGAGCCCCCUGGCUCUGGGGGUGCUGGAGGCAGGCAGUGGCUCUUCUUUCUCCGAGGUGGAAGGGGGGUGCGAGGACGAGCCCCAUAUGUCCCGCUCUGCCACCGAGGGAGAGAUGCGACGGGGGCUCAGCCUCAACUACCACGGGAGGACCUGUAGUUUUGGGGGGUUCGACCUCUCCAACCGCCCGCUGUAUUCUCCCAGCACUCUGUGUGACCCCAAUGGUAAAGGCGGGGAGGACGGGCUGAGGGAGAUGUCUCGUUCACCGGCCCCCACGCGGGUGUCUCUGGGGAAGAAGGUGAGAUCCGUGAAGGAGACCAUGAGGAAACGCAUCUCCAAGAAGUACCACAGCCCCGUCAGCUCUGAGCAGUCCAGUCCCAUCCGAGGCUGCAGCUCGCUGUCUCCCCCUCUGGACACAGACACCCUGGAGAAGCCUCGCCUCAAGGCUGGGGGCUCUGUGGAGAGCCUGAGGAGCUCCCUGAGUGGACAGAGCUCCAUGAGUGGUCAGACGGUCAGCACUACAGACUCUUCGGCCAGUAACCGUGAGAGCGUCAAAUCUGAGGACGCCGAGGAGGAGGAGCUGCCGUACCACGGCCCGUUCUGUGGCAGAGCGCAGGUGCACGCGGACUUCACCCCGAGUCCUUACGAUACGGACUCCCUCAAACUCAAAAAAGGAGACGUGAUUGACAUCAUCAGCAAGCCGCCCAUGGGCACGUGGAUGGGUCUGCUGAACAACAAAGUGGGCACGUUCAAGUUCAUCUACGUGGACGUGCUGAGCGAGGAGGAGAAGCCCCGCAAGAGCAGCCGCAGGAGGAGGAAGGCCCGUCCGCCCAAGCCCACCUCCGUGGAGGAGCUCCUGGAGCGCAUCAACCUCAAAGAACACAUGCCGACAUUCAUGUUCAAUGGCUAUGAGGACCUGGACACCUUCAAGCUUCUGGAGGAGGAGGACCUGGAAGAGCUCAAUAUCAGAGACCCCCAGCACAAAGCUGUGCUGAUGACUGCUGUAGAGCUACUGCAGGAGUACGACAGCAACAGUGAUCCGGAGCGGGCAGGAGGCUCGAGCGGCUCCCAGGAGAAGCUGCUUCUAGAGGGGCCCGUCCCCGCCGGUGACUCCCCCCGCGACUCCGGCUGCUACGAGAGCACCGAGCACCUGGAGAACGGGAGGAGCAAAAAGACAUCUUACUUAAGCAGGUCCUCGUCAGGGUUCGAGUCCAGCCACCUUCCUUCCCCCGAGUCCCCCAGCCUCCCCCUGACCCACCCAAGCCUCACUCCUCCUGGGCAGGAGCAGAGACCCAACUCCCUCCCUCCCCGCAUAGCAACCCUGCAGGGCCUAGUGGACGACCGCAUGAUGGAAGCCGGCACCCUCAGCCAGAGCUUGGACUCCCUGGGAAGCCAUGCAGCUUUAGGGUUCAGGAGGUGCUACCAGGCACUGGAGGAGGUCCACCAGGACAGGGAGCUCCAGGGAGAGCCGUGUGGCAGCACAGAGGAGCAGGAACCAGCAGAACCAGCUGAAGCCACAGAGCUGGUCCCCCCAUCUCCAUGUGAGAAAGUGGGACUCAUACAGGUGACUGCACCAUGUGUGUCUGAGGCUAUGGUGCCAGUCCUGUUGCCUGUGCCCUCAGCAUGGGAAUCAGUGGAGGCAACACAAGUGCCCUCAGCAUCUGAAACUGAAGAUCCAAGUCAGGCCCACGAAACAUGUGCACCUGGACCAGCAGAAGAGACUCAUUUUGGGUCUCAAAGAGAGGAACCAACCCACGUCAGUACAGCCUUUGUGUAUGAAAUAGACAAACUACCAGCGCCGACUGCAAACUGUGUCUCUGAGCCAGUGGAACCAUCACAGCCCAGCGUGCUUUGUUCAUCUGAACAUGAAGAACCAACACAAGCCAGUGCACCCAUUGCAUGUGAAGUAGCAGAACCAACACAGUUCACUGCAGCUUGUGCAUCUCAAACAGAUGAACCAAUGCAUGCUAGCACAUCCUUGUCAUGUGACACGGAGCUGAAACAUUCAACUGCAACUUUUGAGUCUGAAUCAACAGAAAGGGUGCAGCCAAAUGCCCCUUCCUUACCCGAAACAACCCAACCAUCACAGUUUAUAGUCCCUUGUGCUGUGGAACUGGUUUGUGAAGGGCAGCCGCCUGAGAAGCUGGUUCAGAUGCCCCCUCCAUCAGCAGCGGAACAGCGGCCUUUGAGAAGUCUGCCCCAUAGUCCCCACAGCCCUGUGGCACCUGAACAGUUUGAUGCCUCAUCACCUGCUCAGGUCACCAACUCCACGGAGGUCCGUCAGGCUCACAUCACAGUCACACCACCAUCUAAGAAGCCCCACACCCAAAGGGGCACCAAGCCCCCGAUUCCUGCUAAACCCAAAGACUAUUUGCCCAGCAGUAGAAGCUCAAUACAGCCACCAGCCAGGGGCCCUCAGCAGUGUCCUGCCACUCACCACACCGCUGUACAUUCCAAACCAUCUGAAGAUCCCACCACUGCUCGCCAGAACAGCACCUCAAGCUCCAGGACAUCUGAGAACCUCGGCUCCGCUGUGGAUCUGGCCUGUGCUCCUCAGCCACCCCUCACCCCAGGAUCUCCAACACACAGGAAGCUGCCAGGUGCAGGCAAGAGGGGCACUCAGGGCACCAUGGGACACCUGGAGUUUCUCGUGGAGGAAAAGCUGGCAUCGGAGGGGAUCUGCCUCACUGAGGAGCCAUACUCUGACAAGCAUGGUCGCUGUGGGAUUCCCCUUACUCUGGUCCAGAGGUAUGCUGAGGAGUUCAGCGAGGCUCUGGGUGACACAGCCAGGGUCAUGGACCACAUCAGAGUCCAGCAGCUUCACAAGGAGCAUCGUAUGGCUAUCCCAUCCAAAGGGCUGUCCGUGGUGUGUCCCAUGUAGGCUCCAGGAUUCCCAGCUGCCUCAAGCCUACACCCUGAGAGCAUAGCACAGAGAUCACCUUGUUUGGAGCCCUCUUACUCAAUUAAACCUAUCAGUGAUGCUGUGUUCACUACCCAAAAAGCAACUGCCAGCACCCAUACAACUGCAAAGAAUCCCAGAGUUCCUCCAGCAGACUCAAGAUAGACCUUCAUGUGUAGCUCAAUUAAGGCAGCGAUGUCAGCAUGUUCAAAAAAUGAUCUGUGGUGUUGAAAUUUUACCGUAACAUUUUUUUAAACUGUAUAUCUUCUUCCUGGUCAUCAUCUGAACCCCAUGGACUGCAGAUACAGCCAGAGACAGAUGUUAAGGAGGCAUUUUGCAGUGACAUUAUGGGCAGAAUGGUCUCAAGCUGACUUGUUAAUAAACACAGUUUGGGUUUAUGAUAUGAGGAGUUCCCCUGAAGAAUGACUGAUUUGCCCUGGCAGGAGGCUCACCUUAAGAGAAGCAUAUUCUUCAUUGCAACAACUGGAGAAAGCAAAGAUGUGUUUUUGUUUCCAGUUCAGAAACUUUUCCAGUAGCACUUGUGAAAGGAAGAAUGCUUUUCAUUGACGGUCAUGAGGAACUUUACUCAUUACAUCCUGUAGGACUGAUUGACGACUGUGUCUGAUAGUAUUCAACGUCUUACUAACCAUGGAAUAGACAAAAUCUAAAACUAUUUCUAAAUCACAGAGAUUUUUCAUAAAUGUGUAAUUGUUGCAUAUUUAACCACUGUAAUUGUGCAGUUUUAGGAAAAGGUGAUGUCAAUCACUGCAUUUGUUUUAGAAUGUGUUGGCCAGCUUUUCUGUGUAGGCUACAUUUUUUCCUUCACUGUCCAGUGUUUAAGCGAUGGCAGACCAUAAUAGAAAACCUGAAUUGUAUUUGAUAGUAACGUACAUGAUGCCUUUUUGUAGCAAAGUGAGAGCCUAAAUGAAUUCAAACAUCUUUACAAAAAUAUGGAAGACAUGUAGUUUAAGAAGUGCUACGUUAAACAGAUGCUCUCACAAUCAGAAUAGUUCAAUAAAUUAAAAAAGAUGCAGUUGAUUACUUAUUUAUUUGCUCAUCAUGUAUUUUGUAUCUAGAUCACACCAGUACAAAUACUGAUUUUCGUCAGGCAUUAUUUUGAUCUACAGUUGUUUAUAAUUUAGCAUCUUCAUUUUCAUGACCAAUUACACGCUGUGACAUAUCUCUCAGUCUCAAAUAAAAGCCAUUUUAAAGCA